UGAUUGACCCACGGUCUUCGUUUGUCACUAGACUUAGCUAAUGCAUGUCCACGUUUGGGAGGUCCACUUGCCCCACAAGGCUGGAGGCGGUAAGAUCAGACAGCACAUUCACUACCCCACCUGAGCCACAAGGCGAAGCCACACCUCUUCAAAACUUCCCUCCGUCUUCUUCUCCUAUUUACCGGCGUAAUUCGAAUCGAGAUAGAACUUUCAGAAGAGCUGUACUCUAACCCCAUCAAUCAACAUGGCACAACGCAAGAAGUCCCUACUCAUCGGUAUCAACUAUGUUGGCACGAAGCAAGAACUCAAGGGAUGUCACUCUGAUGUUGACAAUAUGGCCGAGUUCCUAUCUUACAGAGGCUAUGACAACGGGCACCGCAAUCGAGUUAUCCUCUCGGAUCGUCCGGAAGUUGCUCCAGAUUCGCCAUACUAUCCCACGGGCCACAACCUCUUGGCUGCCAUGGACUGGCUUGUCUCCGAGCCUGGAUGCACGCUUUUUAUGCACUACUCUGGGCAUGGCGGUCAAAUCGAAGAUGUAGAUGGCAACCGUGGACCAGGCGGCAUGGACAACACAGUUGUGCCGGUGGACUUCGAAGAGAGGGGCCAGAUAUCAAGUACUAUACUGCACGAGCACCUUGUCACGCGCAUGGCACGCGACUGCACGCUCUUCAUCAUCAUGGAUUGCUGCCACUCUGGGUCCGCUGUCGAGUUGCCAUACGUCUAUCGGACCGACUCUGAUGGGCAGAUCAGUCUCUUGGACAACGUGCGUGCUGGAGCUCGGCUGCUUGGUGAAGCCACCAACCUCAUCAACGGUGGCUUUAGCUACAGGAAGGUUGGCGAGGCACAAGAGCUGUUAGCUGGAGCAAGCGCUUUCUUCAAGGGACUCAAGCACAUGGGUGAGCAGGAAGAGGAGGGCUUGUCUGGAGGCGAAUUUGAGGGCCAGUACGGGAGUGAGAAGAAGAUGGUCACCAUGUUCAGUGGAUGUAUGGACAGUCAGACCAGUGCCGAUGCACGAAUCCAAGGCGAGCCAACUGGUGCAAUGACUUGGGCUUUCCUUGAGAUCAUGAAGAGGGAACAGACCCCUACAUACGCAGCGACAUUGCAGAUGACAAGACAGCUGCUGGACCAAUCCAACUACUCACAGAUCCCGCAGCUCAGCUCAGGCUUGGACAUCGAUCUGGAUAACAUGCACUUGGUCUUGUAGUCCACCUGAAAUAGUUUCGAAGAUCGUGCAUGAAAAUGGAGCAUCUUGAACUUAUACCUGCCCACCUCCUACCCCCGUUAUUUACACUCAUCAUCAACGAUGGAGACGAUGAUAACGAGUCUACAUUACAUUUAUGA